CAAAUCUGCCUGCCGAGCGACAGGAUGCACUCUAGACCUCUUUUCAUCUCUCCCUAAGCGUGUCUAAGAUUGAAGAGCUGAGGCGUGUGUUUUCUUUUAAAUAUGUCGAAGAUAGACAAACUUUCCAUUUUGGGUGUUCGCUCGUUCGACAACACACGCAGCGAGACCAUCCAGUUUCACACCCCUCUUACCCUCAUCGUCGGAUACAAUGGAUCUGGAAAGACGACCAUUAUCGAAUGCCUCAAGUAUGCUACAACCGGUGACCUGCCACCUAAUAGUAAGGGCGGCGCGUUUAUCCACGAUCCGAAGCUUUGCGGAGAAAAAGAAGUCCUAGCUCAGGUGAAGCUGUCCUUCAAGGGAACGUCCGGUGCGAAGAUGGUAGCGACCAGGAGCUUGCAGCUCACAGUCAAGAAGACAACGCGGCAACAGAAGACAUUAGAGGGCCAGCUAUUGAUGGUUAAGGAUGGUGAGCGAACCGCCAUUUCGUCUCGCGUUGCAGAACUGGACCAGAUUAUGCCCCAAUAUCUCGGUGUCUCGAAAGCUAUUCUGGAUUCCGUCAUCUUCUGUCACCAGGAUGAGAGUCUAUGGCCGAUGAGCGAACCUUCGGUCUUGAAGAAACGGUUUGAUGAGAUUUUUGAAGCGAUCAAGUACACCAAGGCUAUCGACAAUAUCAAAUCCUUGCGGAAAAAGCAGAACGAGGAGCUUGCCAAGUAUAAAAUUAUGGAACAGCACGCCAAGGAAGAUAAGGAGAAAGCCGACAAGGCUGAGAAGAGAUCUAUCAAACUGCAGGAUGAAAUUGAAGCUUUGCGUGCGGAAACUCACCAGCUUUCUCAGGAGAUGCGUCGUGUAGCCGAGCUUGCGGACAAAGCCUGGCGGGAGUCUGAAAGUUAUGCCCAAGUCCUGGGAGCACUAGAAGGCAAACGCAUCGAGGCGAAAAGUAUCCAGUCGACAAUUGAUAACCUCAAGCGGCAUUUGGUCGAGCUUGACGAUCCGGAUGAGUGGUUAGAAUCCAACCUGGAGCAGUUCGAGACCAAGCAAAUCCAAUACCAGCAGCAAGAGGAGUCACAAAAGGAAAAAUACAUGGAGAUCAAAGAACAGAUCGAACAAACUCGACAAAAGCUGGGCCUUAAACAGGCCGAAUACGGAAAGUUCGAAAAUGACAAGGCCAACUUUGAGCGCCAAGUGGAGAGGCGAGAACGAAUGUCGAAGGAGCUCGCGCGGAGCUACAAUAUUCGGGGAUUUGAUAGCAUUGUGGAUCAAAAUGAGGUUGAUGAAUUCCUGAGAAAAAUCCGGAAAAUAUUGAAGGAUCACACUCAAUCCCUAGAUCGAGCCAAACGGGAAGCACAAACUGAACUACGUGAAACCCAGGAAUCUUUAAACAAUAUCGGACAGGAAAAAUCCGCAUUGCAGGAAAGCAAGAAUGCUGCCAAAAGGCAGAUAGCCGCCAAUGAUAAGGAGGCAGCUAACUACCAGGGGAAGCUCAAUGAAAUCAGUGUUGAUGAAGGUGUUCAAGCGGCUCUCGAAUCCAAUGUAGAGGAUAUCCAGUCUCGUUUGGACCAGGCCAAGGAGCGCAGUCGAGCGGCCUCAUGGGAUGAAGAAAUUCAGGACUUGAACUCGGAGAUUCGCAGGCUCGAAGAUGAAAGUUCUCGCCUGAACUCGGAGCUUAUCGAAGCAACGAAGAAGGCAGGUGACCUGGCCCGAUUAGAUCACUUGAAGAAGGAGCUAAAGGAGCGAGAGCGGAGCCUGGAGACUAUGAGGGGCGCCCAUGGCGAUCGUCUUUCGAAGCUUGUUGAUCAAAAUUGGAAACCCGAAACCCUCGAGCAGGACUUCCACCGGACGCUAGAAGACGAAUCGAAGGCCGUAUCUAAUGCCGAACGUGCAAGAGAUGGCAUCAGCAGGGAGCUGGAACAGGUCGAAUUUAAAUUAAAUAACAUCAAGAAGACAUUAGAUCAGCGCCAGAAAGAGCUCAAGGAAUGUAUACAGGAAAUCCGUGACGCGAUCGACGAUGAACCCGAAGAGUACCCCGAAGUGGUCAAGCAACGGCAGGUUCAACUUGAUAUCGCGAGGAAGGACGCCGAACAGUAUGCGGGUAUUGGGGAGUACAUGGCCACCUGCCUGGAGACCGUCAAGCAGGCGAAAGUUUGCCGAUUGUGCACCCGGCCGUUCAAAAGUGAGAAUGAACUGACUGCUUUCCGCAGUAAGUUGGAGAACCUGGUGAAGAAAGCCAAACGCGAUGCGGAAGAUGAGGAGGUGCGACACCUUGAGGAGGAUCUCAAUGCGGCUCGUGCGGCUAGCACCGCCUACGAUACCUGGUCUCGUCUUAAACAAACCGAGAUCCCGGAUCUAAAGAAGGAUGAGGACAAGUACGUCCUCCAACGGGAUGAGCUCCUGGGGCAACUGGAGGAUCGCGACAAGGUUGUCGACGACAAGACAGAGAAAAAGAGAGAUGUUGAGGCUCUUUCUAAAACGGUCAACACCAUUGUCAGAUAUGACAGUGAAAUCAAGUCCAUUACCUCCCAGAUUGAGGAGCUUUCGUCAAAGAAGCAAGAUUCGGGUACCCCGCGCACCCUUGAAGAUAUUCAGGACGAAAUAGCCCGCAUUGGAGAACAUUCUAGGGCACUUAAGAAAUCUCUCUCCAAGGUUACAGGUGAUAAGGAACAAGCCCGAACGGAGCUCAACAGCCUAGAGCUACAACUCAGAGACGUGAAAAGCAGCCUUGACAAUACCAAAUUCCAGCUCGAAAGGAAAGCAGAUCUCCUUGCGCGCAUAGAGGAGUAUAGGAAUAUGAACAGCCAGCAACGUCAAGCAAUAGCGAAGGCCGACAAAGACAUCGAGGACUUAACACCGGAGCUACUCAAAAUCCAAGCCAAGUAUGACGAUAUCAGCCAACGAGCUGAGGCGCGCGAAAGGGAGAUGCAGCAAACAAUUUCUCAACUUUCCGACAACAUACAUCAGCUUGAACUUGCGAAUGAAGAAAUCGAUGCAUAUAACGAGCGAGGUGGCCCCAGCCAGCUUGAUCGCAGCAAACGGGAGCUCCAGUUUAUUGAAGAGGAAAUCGGCCAGCUCGAAGCCGAACAAGCCACCAUAACCAAGGCGAUUAACAAGAUAUCUGCGCAACUCAAGGACAGCGAAAACACCAAACGGCAGUACGCAGAUAACCUGACAUACCGCCAGGCGACCCGAUCGCUUGACAAAGUUACGACAGAAAUCGAACAACUGGCCGCGCAGAACGCGGAAGUUGACCGGAGUCGCUUCAAAGAAGAAUCCGAACGUCGAACGCGCGAACACAACGCCCUUGCAGCCAAACAAUCCAGUAAAAUGGGAGAGAUGAAAUCCAAGGACGAUCAAUUGAUGCAACUCCUAACGGAUUGGAACACCGACUACAAGGACGCAGCUUUCAAGUACAAGGAAGCACACAUCAAGGUUGAGACCACCAAAGCUGCCGUUGAAGACUUAGCCCGCUACGGUAGCGCUCUCGACAAGGCCAUCAUGAAGUACCACGGGCUGAAGAUGGAAGAAAUCAACGCCAUCAUCGGCGAGCUUUGGCAAAAGACCUACCGCGGCACCGACGUCGACACGAUCCUCAUCCGCUCCGACAAUGAAAACGCCAAGGGCAACCGCUCCUACAACUACCGAGUCUGCAUGGUCAAACAAGACGCGGAGAUGGAUAUGCGCGGCCGCUGCAGUGCUGGCCAAAAGGUCCUCGCGAGUAUCAUCAUCCGGCUCGCCCUCGCCGAGUGUUUCGGCGUCAAUUGUGGCCUUAUCGCCCUAGAUGAACCCACCACUAACCUGGAUAGAGACAAUAUCCGGUCCCUAGCUGCGUCCCUCCACGACAUCAUUCGCGCUCGUCAGCAGCAGGCGAAUUUCCAGCUCAUUGUGAUCACCCAUGAUGAAGAGUUCCUGCGCAAUAUGCAGUGCGGCGACUUUAGUGACUACUAUUACCGUGUUUCGAGAAACGAGAGACAGAAGUCCAUUAUUGAGAGGCAGUCUAUUGCCGAGGUGAUGUAAUUUUACACCUAUUGGUAUCAGCUGAUUUGUCUUUCAGUCGGAGACAUGUACGCGCGCGCUCCUAUUGUGGAAUUCAAAAAAAAAAAAAUUUACACCUACCUUUUUUUUUUUUUUUUUUUUU